AUGUAUGAAAAGAAACUGAAGAAAAUGAAUUUAUGUCCAUUGUUUGUUUCAACUUUCAUACAGCCUCCAUAUAUGAACAUUUUAAACGGUACGCCUAUUGGUGCUAAUGGAGAUUUACUUCGCAUUAUAGCUUACGGUUUAAAUUCAACUCUCGUGAUGAUAAUAUCACACCGCGGUGACGGUUGGGGAUUUCGGGACGAGAACGGAACCUGGAUGGGAUCUUUUGGAGAUAUCUAUGACGAUUUAGCAAAUUUAUCUAUGACUUCAGCUGCAGUAACACUUUCAAGAUUUUCAACUUUUCAAAUUUCUCGUCCCUACUGUACGGUGCCUGUAGUUUGGGUUACUCAUCCAGGAACUUUACAGAAUGCAGCUCUUAAACUAUUAUAUCCACUUAAAGAAGAUGCGCGUAUAGCUUUGAUUGUCAGUUUCGCUUUUGUAAUACUAUGUGGUUUUUGA